AUGAGCUCGUCGCAUCCCGAUACCGCGCCUGCCGGAACUCAGGCGGUAGAAACGGUUUCCUCGCCCACACUCAUGUCUCCGCCACGCAGCAAAACUCCACCCACCAUCACUGGAAAGCGAUCGCAUAGCGAGGCGCAAACGGCCGCGGCGAACAGCGGCGCAAAUCUGGUUGGAAGUGAGGCAGUCUCGGCGGCCGCACUGAACAAGGCACUUAGAGAAGUUGAGAAGUCCGGUCAGCGUCGAGUCAGUACACCAGCCGCAAGUCCAAGCAGGAAGCGACAAAAAGUGCAAGCUGGGGAUCGCUUCAUACCAAACAGAGCUGGCCAGGAUCUCUCUGCCAGCUACAACCUCCUACACGAAGAUGGAUCGCCCGCGACGCCAUCAAAGCUCAAUCGGAAAGCUACUGGCGAUCUCCACUUUCAGAAGCGCGAUGCCAAUCGCACAUAUUCGUCCAUUUUGCGGUCAGAGAUGUUCGACAAUGAGGUGCCGCAGGUCUUGAACGAUCGUUCUGGUUCAAGAGCACAGACGCCGCCAGUGAGCGGUCCGAGCUCUACAUCGUUGUACACGGGCACGACUCUCACACCCUCCACCCCCCACAAGAACUUGUUCUCCUACGGUGCAAACCCACCGGUUUCCCUCACCCCGCGAUCCAUCUCUCGCAGCGAGCGAGGACCGAAUCUCAACUCUCGAUCGGAGAUUUACAGUCUAUCGCCAGUCAAACAUUCAUCACAGUCAAUGCUCCUGUCUCCUCGGAAAACGCCGCGAGCGGUUAGUAAGGUUCCAUACAAAGUACUUGAUGCGCCGGAUUUGGCAGACGACUUCUAUCUAAAUCUCGUUGACUGGGGAUCGAACGAUGUGCUUGCAGUGGGACUUGGUCCCUCCGUGUACCUUUGGAACCGCGAGAGUGGCAAGGUGACAACAUUAUGCACCCUUGACAACGACGUAGUCACGAGCGUGAGCUGGAUUCAACGGGGAACACAUCUUGCGAUUGGAACAUCAAAAGGCUUGCUUCACAUAUGGGACACCCUUGCUCAAAAGCGAUUGCGGACAAUGACUGGCCAUUCGGCCCGUAUAAGCAGUCUCGCAUGGAAUGCACACAUUCUUUCCACCGGAUCAAGAGACCGCACGAUAUUGCAUCGCGACGUGCGGAUGCCAACCAUGUAUCUUCGACGGUUGACGGGCCACAAGCAAGAAGUCUGUGGCCUAAAGUGGAACUCUGAUACUGAGCAGCUCGCAUCUGGAGGCAACGACAACAAAAUUUUCAUUUGGGAUCGAAUGGACGAGCGUUGGCAGCAUAGAUGGGGAGAGCAAGAGGGUGGGCACAAGGCUGCAGUCAAAGCCAUCGCGUGGAAUCCCCACCAGCGCGGUGUGCUCGCAUCAGGAGGUGGAACCGCUGAUCGGUGCAUCAAAUUCUGGAAUACAAUAUCCACCGCGCAAACAUCCGCCGUGAGAUCUCUCCCUACCGAGCAGACUUCACUUGGUCUUGGUCUUUCCACGUCGCCACUACCGGAUGACUUCGACACGCCACAGAUGACCAAUCCUCACCUUCUGAGCUCACACGACACAGGAAGUCAAGUUUGCAAUCUGCUCUUCUCGCAGCGUACUGCAGAGCUUGUAAGCACGCAUGGCUACUCGCAACAUGCCAUCAACAUCUGGAAAUAUCCAAGCAUGAACCAGGUUGUCAGUCUGACCGGCCAUACCUAUCGGGUCCUCUAUCUUAGCAUGAGUCCGGAUGGUGCCAUCAUUGUCACUGGUGCGGGCGACGAAACGCUGAGGUUUUGGGACGUUUUCAACCGGCCCAAUAAGGAGGCUAAGCGCGGCAUCGUUGGGGAAUGGGGCGUGAUCAGGUAG